AUGGGAAACACCGAAAGUAAUGUUGCAAGUGCAGUAAAAAAACAAACGGACACUUCUUCAAUUUUGCUUUACAAAUUAGUCGAUCUAAAAGGUGGAGGCUUGCUGGUAGACAUGAUGAAGAGAGCGACUCAAACGAAGCAAUACGCGGAAUUAGACCACGCUAUUAGGACCAAAGUCGAGCCAUUUCUCUAUAACAAGGGCAAAGGCGCUUGGAUUCCUAUUGCGAAGCUCGUGAUGCUGAGAAACAAAGAUCGCCCACGCCACAAGAUGUUACCUGUUUUCAAAGCCAUGGAAAAUCCCGCGGAUUAUGACGUUACCAAAGAUAUCGAUGACAGUAUAGUUGAUGAUAGUAAAAUAGACAAAAGUAAAUAUAGAGAAGUAUGCUGGAAUUUGAGUGAGCGGGGAGCGGUAGGAGAAACAAUAUUGCAUCUGUGUAUGUUGAAUGCAACAGCUCUCCAUGCAGAUCUCGCUAAACGAUUACUGCGUUUCUAUCCCCGGCUUAUUAAUGACAUUUACAUCAGCGAUGAGUAUUACGGCGAAAACGUCUUGCACAUCGCGAUAGUAAAUGAGGACCCGGCGAUGGUCAAGUACCUUUUGGACAGCGGAGCGGAUGUCCACGAACGCUGUUUUGGGAACUUUAUGUGCCCAGAAGACCAGAAAGCGUCGAGAUCUGACAGCCUGGAUCAUGAAUGGGUCUCUGUUACUACGGAGACUAAUUACGACGGAUAUGUUUACUGGGGUGAAUAUCCGCUGAGCUUCGCCGCGUGCUUGGGCCAAGAAGAGUGCUAUCGGUUGAUGCUUGCCAGAGGUGCUGAUCCUGACAAACAAGACACUAAUGGAAAUACCGUGCUGCACAUGCUGGUUAUUUAUCAAAAAUUGGCAACCUUCGACAUGGCUUACGAAGUCGGAGCCUCUUUACCAAUCCGUAACAAUUUGCAGCUGACUCCUUUGACUUUAUCAGCGAAACUAGCGCGAAUUGAGAUGUUCUUCCACAUAAUGAACAUAGAACGUGAAAUUUACUGGCAGAUCGGGAGCAUAACCUGCGCGGCUUACCCCCUGGGCCAGGUAGACACAAUAGACGUAACCACUGGAACGAUCAACAACAACUCCGCAUUGAACCUGGUGGUCUUCGGAGAAAAGGACGAACAUCUGGAGCUGAUGGACGGCGUGUUAGUUGACCUCUUGAACGCCAAAUGGAACACUUUCAUAAAGUCAAGGUUCUACCGACAGUUCUUUCUGUUCUGCUUCUACUUCGUCCUGUCCUUGAUAAGCUUCACACUAAGACCAGGUCCUAUUUCAUCUUCCGCGGCUCCAAAUGCCACCAAAUCGACCAUGGCUUACACAGAUUCGGUGACUGACGCGAGCAAUCAAGAGCCUUCGCAACUGUCUCAGCUGAUUGACGUGCUGGCAACUUCUUUGACGUCAAACUUUGCAAACGCAAAUCUGACGUCUGCGGAAUUGGAAAAUUUUCUCACUCAGAUGUCCUUGAAUGCCAGUAAGCUUCUAAGUGAGACCUCCAAUGCUUCUAGAGAAAGUUUUAAUAGAUCGGAUGUUUCCUUGGAUCAUAGAGAGGAUGAUAAAAGUGGAAGUAAGGCUGACUAUGCUGUCACUGAGUCGUUUCUUGACUUGCUGCCGACUUUGCCCAGUUGGGGGUUUACGGAAAAUUGGUGGGAAGAUUUAACAGAAGAAUGCAGACUGAUGCACUUAGAAAGCUCAACAGCGAAAAUCCGUCUCACCGCUGAAGUUUUUAUGGAAUUCGGCGCAAUUUUUUACAUCGCAGCAGCACUACGAGAAGCUCGUUUCUUGGGCCUCAAUAUGUUCAUUGAAAAUCUGAUGACAGCACCCUCGCGAGUGAUGUUCCUCUUCUCCUGCUGCAUCCUUCUGUCAUUUCCAUUCCUAAGGAUGGCUUGCCAAGACAAAGUAGAAGACAUUCUGGCGGUAGUGGUGAUGCUAACAACGGCUCCAUACUUUCUUUUCUUCUGCCGAGGGUUCAAAACAGUCGGGCCCUUCGUGGUGAUGAUCUACCGCAUGAUAAUGGGAGACCUUCUGAGAUUCGUCUCUAUCUACUUGGUCUUCGUAAUGGGAUUUUCUCAAGCAUACUACAUAAUAUACUUAUCAUUCGACGAUCCACAAACACCCGAGGGUAUCGAUGACACUUGCCUGUUUGUAGUCUACAUGGCGAUAGUAGCGAUUUUGCUGGUGAAUAUGUUAAUCGCUAUGAUGGGUAACACGUAUCAGAAAAUAGCCGAGACGCGCAACGAGUGGCAGCGACAGUGGGCGAGAAUUGUCUUGGUCGUUGAACGAGGUGUAAGUCCAGCUGAAAGGUUGAAAAAACUAAUGGAUUAUUCUCAACCAAUGUCUGAUGGAAGGCGUGCUCUUGUACUCCGUUUACAUCAAUCAGAAGACGAUAAAGAAGAGAUGAAGGAAAUAUUGGAAAUGAAACGCACCCACGAUAGACUGUACAAAAAACGGAUGGCUCGGAACAAAAAAGACAAGUCUCUGAGUAUAACGAAGUUAAUUAGUAAAUUACUUAUGAAUAUUUUAAAAAAGCCAAUUGAUUACGAGGGCUUGGAAGAGGAACUUGAAGAAGCUCUUAAGGAAGAUAAUUUGUAUGAAUUACGAAAUAGCGCAAAACUGAGGGCUGUUGAGCAACGAGUGAAUGGUGCGCAUUUGAAACCGCUGGAGCCAAAAGACAAAUCAGAGAAGACAAAAAUUAAUUGGAACCGAGAAAGUAGAAAUUUGGGGAUUAAAAAUUUUGAGGAAAAAAGGCUUGAUGGUUGUGAUAAAUUGUCUAAGAGUGGGAGAGAUUUUUUUGAAGAAUUUGGUCAGUAUGGUUACAAUAAGUUUGAUGUCCUGUAUGAUAACAGGUAA